AUGGGCGGAGCGCAGCAGGAGCACGGCGGCUGGGGAGGCGGUGUGUUCAGAGGCGGCGCGACUGUCAAUCGUGCUCCUAAUUCUCGGCAAAAGUCUCCUGCAGUUGCACGGAGCAGGACGGAGAUCAUUCUCGUGGAUGUGUUUCAGUUUAAGGGAUGUGCAGAUGCGCGCACAGAGCUGCCGGAGAUCUGGAUUUCACGCUUACCACCGAUAAACUUCUCAUCUUUCUACACUUUGUUGACAUCGACGUUGAAGCGCCGUAGCCUACACCGAGUCAACAUGUCUGAGCGGGAUGGAUCUGGAGACGGGCUGUGCAGCGAUGGAGCGCCAGACUGCAUCCCUCCCAGAGCGUCCCGCGGGCGCAGGAGCGGGGUGAUCGUGCCCGGAGGUGGCCCGGACACAGACACCAUUCUUCUGGAGUCUGUGAAGGCAGCACCUCGUAGGAGCAGCAUCAUCAAGGUAAAGCUUUAUGUGACAAAAGCAGUGCUCACGUCUCCAUGA